AUGGGGACGGGCAUGGCGAGGACCAUAGACCUCGAAGUUUACCUCAACUACAACGACGAGGGAGGGGGGCCCGUGUCGGGGGACUCGACGGAGAUGCACUGCGCUCAAGACGCGGCUUGCGUGGAGGCGACGGAGUGCGGCGAGGACUCGGCGGAAGUUAAGGUGCACAUCAUGUCGCGCAAGAAUUUCGCACUGUCUGACGCUUCGAAGUAA